ACUGAGUUUAAAUUAUCAGAUGAGGCGCUGAAGCGAUUAUUAGGAAUAUGUCAACAUCAAGUAGUUCCGCAUCCACACGCAACUUUGUGAGCAUGCAAAACAAAUACGACCGAGUAAUUUUGCUCGUGGACAUGGAUUGUUUUUUCUGUCAAGUGGAAGAAAAAGAAGAUCCACAAAGACGUGGAAAGCCGCUGGCGGUCGUACAGUAUAAUCCAUGGAGAGGAGGAGGUAUCAUAGCAGUUAACUACGAAGCGCGUGCCAAAGGCGUCACACGACACAUGCGAGGGGACGAAGCAAAAGAUCUGUGCCCCGACAUAAUACUCUGCAAGGUGCCGAACCUAAGGGAGAAGGCCGAUACAAGCAAAUACCGUGACGCCGGAAAGGAGGUGGCCAAUGUCUUGCAACGCUUUACGCAGCUGCUGGAACGCGCGUCGGUUGAUGAGGCAUACCUGGAUGUAACAGAUGCAGUUAACAAACGCAUGGAGGAGUUGCAAAAAGGCUCCUUUGCUUUGCAGCCGCAAGAAUUAGUCAACACCUUCGCCGUGGGUUACACAAACAUCGGCGACUUCGUGAACAAAAUAACUAAUAAUUAUCUAACUAAUCCAUACAUUGAUGAUGAGCGACUUCAAUUGCUUUAUGAUCACAACGAUUUGCCCGCUGUCCGUGUAAGCGACUUACGACUCCUAAUUGGUGCCUGGAUUGCGGGAGAGGUGCGCGCGGCUGUCAAAGCGGAAACAGGCUAUGAAUGUUCGGCAGGAAUAGCCCACAAUAAGAUUUUAGCCAAAUUGGCCGCUGGAAUGAACAAGCCCAAUAAACAGACCAUUUUGCCUCUUUCCGAGAUACCAGCGCUGUUUGACACACUACCUGUGGGAAAGAUCAAAGGAUUGGGUGGAAAGUUCGGAGAAGAUGUGUGUGAGCGGCUAAGCAUUAAGUUUUUAGGCCAACUUUUAAAGUACAGUGAGGCAGAAUUGCAACGCAAAUUAGAUGAAAAAAAUGGAUCUUGGCUUUACAACAUUUCACGUGGCAUUGAUUUGGAAGCAGUCACACCGCGCUUCUACUCGAAAAGUAUAGGCUGCUGUAAAAAGUUUCCCGGCCGAAACAACAUUACAGGCCUAAAAACGCUGCAACAUUGGUUUAAUGAGUUGGCAAGCGAAAUUAGCGAUCGCCUCGAGAAGGACUUAAACGAGAACAAUCGCAAAGCAAAGCAAAUGGUGGUCCAGUUCGUACAGGAAUGUGACGGCGAGGAGGUCGCAAGCUCGCGUUCCGCGCCACUAACGCACUACGAUCAGGCGAUGAUAGCCAAAAAUGCGCUGGAUCUUGUGAAAACUAAUACGAAAACGUUCUUUCGAGCUGGCAGCGAUACGGCGCUUAACAAUCCUAUUAAGUUCCUUGGCAUCAGCGUGGGUAAAUUUGAGACACUCACCAAUGGGCAGUCAAAGCUCCAGGAAAUGUUCGCCAACCAGGCGGCUAAGAAACGAAAAUUGGAUGAACAAGAACCAUUAUCCAAGCCCCAGAAUGAGCCAGAGCAGAAAAAGCCCAAAGAGUCCGGCCAGAGCAAAAUGAUGAGUUUUUUUGCAAACUACUUGCAAAAAGAAAAAAGUGACCAGAAGGACUCGGGGACGCAACCAAAAGUCCAAGAUGAAAAAAUACAGAAGCAGCUGCUUACUGAUAUGGUUGAAGUUUCAACACACCGAAAAGGGUUCUUUAAAGAAUACAAUAACUCAUUAAAACAAGCUACUCAAAAACAAGAUGUUGUACAAGAGCAACAGUUUAUUGCCCCAAAAGAUCAAUCCGAUCCUGAUAUUGAAACUCUAGCUGCUGAGCUAGAUGAAAUUGAAGCUGCCAAUGCGAGCAUUCCUGAGCCGCUUGGUCAGGAGCAAUCAACAACAUCGAUACGCGACUUGAACGAAAAUUCAGAUCAAUCGAGCUUAAAUAAGGACUUUAAAAGUAGAUAUGUCGAGUACGCCCAACCAGAGUUGCGGCUUGACCUAAUCAGCAUGAUAAAAUGCGACCAAUGCGGUACACAAAUUCCUGACGAUCCAAUAGCUAUCCAAACCCAUCAUGAUCAUCACUAUGCGCAAGAGCUAAGACGUCAGCUACAUGCCGAACAACAGAAGACAGCACAAAAAAAUAAACUAGAUGACGCUAAAGGAAAUUUAUCUACGACAUCAACAUCUAAAAGACAAAAUAAAACAAAUUCUUCCAGUGCGAGUUCCGUGAAUAAUAUAAAAAAAUUCCUGUCCGCCAAGGUGCCUACUGAGCCCAGUCAUGCAAACAUGGAACGCUGUCAGGAAUGUCAAGCUUAUAUCAACUCCCAGUCUAUGCCGGAGCAUAUGGAUUAUCACGUGGCAAAGAAGUUGCAACGGCAGCUCAACCAGCUUGAGGUCCGUACAGUAAAUGUGUCAAGUAAAAAGUCUCCAUCGACCCACGACAAAAAGCAGCAUAACGCAACAAUAUCCUCCGCUGGAAAUAAAACUAUUGCUCAAUUUUUCUCCCAAGCCAAUUAAAUUGGAUAGCAAUUGAUUUUAAGCAAUAAAGUUAAAUAGUGGGGUUCGACUCUUAAAAACCCAGUCCACAUAAAAAAUAGAUUUAACUACAUUUUUUUUUUAAAUUAAAUUAAGUUGUAAAAAUAUAUAAAACGA